AUGACUGAAGUUCCGUGGCACGAGCUCGACUUACUGGAGGCAUAUGAACACAAAAUGUACAGCAGAGUUCGACAGACUGGGACAUCUGUGUUGCUAAGGCUGCAAAAUGGAGAAGACCCGCGAAACGUGUUCACGCCUUCUGGCCUCCCGCGCUCCCCACCCUACCCCUUGUGCUGCAGGCUUUCAGACCUUGGCGAACUUGGGCCUGGAAUACCGCUUCUCUUCCAGUUCAUAAAGUUUAUCCUGCUCUCUUCUGCUCUGAAUGGCCUUCUGUCCCUCGCGGUCGUAAUUGCCGUCUAUUCGAACAAAGCAGCAGAUGCCCAAACUAAGUGUUCAACAUUCAACAGAGCACUCCUUACAGCAGGAUGCGUAGAUCAAAAGGCUUCCGAGUCCCGGGUUCCCGCUGUAACGCAUUUAGUCAUGGUCUUCAGUGCUGUUCUCCUCCUACCAGUUCUAUUCAGGCGACAGGUAGAGGACACUCCGUGA